AUGGGCCACGGAGAAGAACCACUGACUGCCACGUAUAAAACUCAAAGACCGCCAUGGAUCGGGCUCUGGAGCGACCGUGAAUAGUGAGUUGACUUGAAAAUAAACUUAAUAGAGUCAUCUCGAUCAGAAAUAAAGAACAAGUUUCUGAAUUUCAGCAAAGGACGCCCCGACUGGUGGAAGGAGCCCGGACUUGAAGAUUCACUGACACGUUCCGGAAAGCUCCGUCUCUAUCGGGCUCGUUUCCGCGAGGAAGAUCCGGAUUGGUAUGACCCAAAGGUAUCUCUGAAUUAAUUGUAUGCUAAAAACGUGACAACGUGUUCAUUCAGGUGAAAGAUGGGGAAUCUCUCACCGGAGCAUUCGGACUCGAUUCGAAGAAGACGAAGAAUCUCUCGAAGAAAGGAGAUCAGCCAGGAGAGCUUUCUGAUUUCCAGAAUAAGGUCUAUACAGGAUCCCACCAGUUCAAGGCUAUUGCCGAGAAGUUCGAGCUCAGCAAAGAACACCCCGGAUUUGCUGUGAGCCCAACGAUGAGCGAUUUGUACCAGAGUGAGUAGUAAUUCCGAAAACAAAAACAGAAAAAUGUUUCACUUCAGCUCCGAAGGCCAACCUGGGAAGAAAUGCCAUUCUGCCGAACUCUUGGUACCAUUUCGGUCCUCGUUUCUUCGAUACUCCUCUCAAUGAGGGCGCUUUCUGGAAGGGACUGGCUGCUGCCAAGUACGCUGCAAUUCUAGGUAUAGGUUUAUUUACUUUUAUUCUCAUACAUCUUGUAUUUUAGUGGCGCCAUACACUAUCCUCGAGAUCCGUGCUCUGAACACUGUCUCGGUUGCCAAUCUCUCUCCAAGAACUUUCCUGAAGGUAUGAACUGUCCGCCUUUGUUUUUAGUUAUUCCUUUUCUUCAGAGAUAUGCCCAAUUGGCUCCGUUCCCAUUAGCCGUCGCUUUCGCCUGGGGAUUCUCUCUCUCGGCGGCUGCUACUGUUCGCAACAAGGAUGACGUCUACAAUCACUACUUCGCUAGUGCUGCCGUCGGAUCCACUGUUGCUACGAUGAGUGAGCUGUUCAGUUCAACUUUUUAUAAAAGCGAACCAUAUUUUUGUAGAAAGUAACGUUGCUCUCGGAACCUCGGCCGCCAUAUUCACCGCCAUUCUAGGAGCCUUCUGGCAGUACCAACGGCAUUCCGAGACCGGACUCCAAGGAAUGGUCACUCACUCACGCUCCGCGGGUAUCUGGGGAGGCCCGCUUAUCUGGCAGAAACUGCAGUACGGAGAUGCCGACGUUCCGAAAACUCGAUUCUAA